GGGGAAAGAAGAAAAAGGAGAUCGAUCGAUCGAUCAAGGUCUUAUAUGCUUCAGUGAGAAAAUGGAGCUGAAGAAGAAGGGUCUUAUCUUGGAGCUUCUGGGUCUUGUGUUGUUCAAACUCCUCUGCAUGGGUUUGGGAGAGACCUAUCACUAUAAGUGGAAUAUCACUGAAACUUCGUAUACAAGACUGUGUAGCACCAAGAAAAUCUUGACAGUAAAUGGGCUAUUUCCUGGGCCAGCUAUUCAUGUCCGAAGAGGAGAUACAGUGUUUAUCAAUGUUGUCAACCAUGGAACUUAUAAUGUCACUCUGCACUGGCAUGGAGUGAAGCAGCCGAGGAAUCCAUGGUCAGAUGGUCCAGAGUACAUAACGCAGUGCCCAAUCCAAGCAGGUGCGAGCUUCACUUACGAGAUAAACUUCAGUUCAGAGGAAGGAACCAUUUGGUGGCACGCACACAGUGACUGGUCAAGAGCCACAGUCCAUGGUCCAAUCUUCGUUUUCCCAAAGCUUGGGACUUCCUACCCUUUCCCCAAGCCCUAUUCUGAAGUCCCCAUCAUUAUUGGAAGCUGGUACAAAGGAGAUGUGAUGGAGAUACUUGAAGAAGCCCUUGUGGGUGGAGGAGAGCCCAACACCUCAGAUGCUCAUACAAUAAAUGGACAACCUGGAGAUCUCUUUCCAUGCUCCAAAGCAGGAACUUUUACGACACUGGUAGAGAAAGGCAAAACCUAUCUUCUUCGCAUCGUCAAUGCAGGGAUGAAUGAGGAUAUGUUCUUCGCCAUAGCCAAUCAUUCCCUCACGGUUGUAGGAUCAGAUGGAAGCUACCUAAAACCCACAACAACCAAAUAUAUAAUGAUAACCCCAGGCCAAACCAUGGAUUGCCUCUUGAAAGCUGACCAAAGCCUUGGUCACUAUUACAUGGCAGCUAGAUCUUAUUCUAGUGGGGUAGGAGUUGCGUAUGAUAACACCACAACCACAGCAAUUAUAAAAUAUAAUGGCACUUAUACCCCUCCAUCAUCUCCUUCCUUCCCAACUCUACCUUACUAUAAUGAUACGGAUGCUGCAACCGCUUACUCUACUCGUCUAAGAAGUUUAGACAGUAAAGAUCACCCAAUUGAUGUCCCUAAAUCUAUAGACACCCAAAUCUAUACAACCAUCACUAUCAAUACAUUGCCUUGUGACAAUAACACCACAUGUGAUGGACCCAAUAAUUCAAAACUCUCAGCUAGCUUGAACAACAUUAGUUUCAGAGAACCAUCAACUGAUAUACUUCUUGCUUAUUAUCGUAAGAUCAAAGGGGUUUAUGAAUCUAAUUUUCCCAAUGAACCACCUUACUAUUACAAUUUCACGGCGGACGAUUUGCCAUCAAAUCUUUCAACGCCGACGGUGGGUACUAAAGUGAAGGUGGUAGAGUUCAAUUCAACAGUGGAGAUUGUGUUCCAAGGGACUAAUUUGAAUUCAGGGGAGAAUCAUCCAAUGCAUCUUCAUGGGUUUAGCUUUUAUUGGGUUGGAUGGGGAUUUGGGAACUUUAACAAGACUACAGAUCCCAAAGGGUAUAAUUUGGUUGAUCCACCUGAAAUUAAUACUGUUGGAGUUCCUAAGAAUGGAUGGGCUACCGUUAGAUUCCGAGCAGACAACCCUGGGGUGUGGUUCAUGCAUUGUCAUUUGGAGCGUCACACUAGCUGGGGGAUGAGCACAGUAUUCAUAGUGAAGAAUGGUAGAUCCUUGCCAUCAAGUAUUCGACAGAAACCUGGAUACAUGCCUCCCUGUUGAGAUCGAGUUUGUUGUGGUGGACGUCGUCGGUAUUGGACACAAGCAGGCUUGUUC